AUGACUAGGGCACCCUCCAAAGCCCUUCUGUGCUUCCAUGGGACAGGCUCGAAGGGAGCCAUCUUCAACGUUCAGAUGGCGAGAAUCUGUUAUCUACUGGGAGACGCGUUCGAGUUCAUCUUCCUUGACGGGCCGAUGGAAUGCGCUGCAGGACCCGGAGUCCUGCCUAUGUUUGGCGGCCAGGAGCCAUAUUACUGUUGGUUUGGCGGCGACGGCACCACUAUCGACGAGAGCUUGAAAAGGAUCAACGCCUCUGUCAAGCUGGCGGUGGAUAAAUGGCAAGCAGGUCAUCCUGAUGCCGAGAUCGUCGGGGCGAUUGGGUUCUCAGAGGGUGCACUCGCCCUUGCAAUGAUGCUCUGGCAGCAACAACAGGGUCUAGUGCCAUGGAUAGGACAGCUACGGUUUGCCGUGAUGAGCUGUUGUUUCUUUCCGAACGAAGCGUCCUUGUGGCUGAACGCAAGGGCCCAGGCUUAUGGCCUGAGCAAAGCCUACAUUGACGUUCCCACGCUUCACAUACACGGCAAUAGAGACUUCUGUCUUGGUCGCGCACGAAAGCUCGUGAGAAACCACUAUCGGCCGAACUUCGCUCAGGUCAUUCGAACGGACACCGCCCAUCAUCUGCCAACACGAAAGGACGAGGUUGGGGAGGUGGUGAAGCACAUCCUGAGACUGUCGGAAAUGUCUGCAAUUGACAUGGCAAGUUGA